AUGCGGUUCUCACGGUCGUUGAAGUCAUCCACUCAAUCACUCCCCAGCCCCGAUGGCGCAUUUAUCGCAACUGUUCUCCCCUCCAAACUCAGUAUCCGCGCAACGCGAUCCCUCGAAAUCACACGCGUUAUAUCCCUCCCACCCGAAUUGGCAUCCUCUAUUUCCUGGUUUUUAUGGUCUGAAUCCUCGAAUCGAAUACUAGUCGGCUCCUCAGACAAUAUCCGCGUGUUCUCAACACAGAAUCCUAAUUUCUCUGCCAACAUAAAUCAUCCGACUUCAGGAACAACAAAAGCUACCUUUGUAUGCUUUGGAGCGAAUGAUGAUGAGAUUCUUGUGUUCUCCGACUUUGGAUUAAAACUGUCAGUUUUCAAUUUUUCUACGCAGAGGUCCGUCGAUAUCAACUCGCCGAAGUUCUAUAAUGCUGGUGUUGCAGCGAAAGGGUUCUCAUACCGGCCGGUGACCUCCAAUUUGGCCCUUCUAACAAGAAGUGGCGGCAAAGAUGUUGUUAGUAUCCAUGCAAAGGACACACUGGAUGUGACGAGAUCAUGGUGGCCAGAUACAAUUGAUGCGCAUGGAAUUUGCUGGAGCGCGGAUGGGAGGUGGCUCGUUGUUUGGGAAUCGUCCUCGCAAGGACAUAAGAUCUUGGUUUAUACUGCCGACGGCCACCUGUUUAAGACCUGGAAUGGCCCAGUACCAAUAUCGGAAGAAGACUCAGACAUUGCAUUGGGCGCUGGUAUCAAGGUGUUUGAUUGGAGCCGAAAUGGCGCCUUUGUUGCUGUAGGAGAUUACAGCAGGAGGGUGACAAUUCUCUCUGCUCCAUCAUUCACGGAAACCACAAGUUUGUUCCAUACCACGACCGUGAAGCCCGCCGAAUCACUCCAGAUAUGGCAGGAGCAGAUUGUCCCUUCGCCGAACGGAGGAUUCUCUCGAGAAUUCGUGGCAGCAACGCAAGCAAUUUGCCCGCCAACGUCAGGAUCAUCCCCACCUACGAAUGCGGAACCGAAAACAGGAACAAACUUCACGUCCUUCGACACCUCCGGCUCCCUACUAGCCACAAGAAUGGAGAACAUGCCUACCACAAUAUGGAUCUGGGAUUUAGGAACUCGGGUUUUGCGGGCAGUCAUGAUCCUCCAUGCCCCAAUUGCGAAGGCCACUUGGCACCCCACAAUUGACGAGCUCCUUAUGAUAAGAUGCGAAGGGGAGGAGUCUCGAGGACUGGUCCACCUGUGGGAUCCAAGCUGGAGCACACCAAAGAUAGUCGAUUUCGCUGCGCAAAUACCAGGUGGGAAAGUGAUUGGAAAGACUAUUGGACGCUGGCUCAAUGCUCAGUCUGGCAGUCCUGCGAUAUUCUUCAGCGACUCCCAAGACUGUAUCUUGGCAUCCAUUCCUGGGAGUGAGGAUGAAGAAGCCCCGUGGCAGGAUGCUGAAGUCAGAGGUUUCGAUAUAUAUGGGCAACAAGAAGAAUCGCCUCUGAACCUCGUCCCAGCAGAUGGGAAACGGAUAUAUUCGCGAGUAUCAGAAUUGAUGGAUGAUGGAUUGACUGGUAUGAGUGGAGGUACAGAUGAAGUGGAGGAUACGUUUCGAUUCCGAAAGUUUAUUGAGCCCGAUCCGUGGUCAAGCUCGACCUGA